AUGGAUCCACUCAAGUACAUCUUUCAGAAACCAAUGUCUAUAGGUAAGCUAGCAAAGUGGCAAAUUUUGUUGAGUGAGUUUGAUAUCGUGUACGUGACACAGAAGGACAUCAAAGAAGAAGCCCCGGCUGAUCACCUCGGAGAAAACCCGGUGGACCAGGAUUACAAGCCACUUAUGACUUACUUCUCUGAUGAAGAUGUUUUGUUUGUAGGAGAAGACAUAUUAGAGUUGUAUGAUAAAUGUGGGAUGUUCUUUGAUGGAGGAUCAAACUAUAUUGGAGUUGGAAUAAGAGCAGUCUUAAUUCGGAAACAGGUCAAUAUUACUCAAUCUCGGCCAAGAUUAGGCUCUACUAUACCAAUAACAUGGCGAAAUAUGAAGCUUGUGCAAGGAGAAUGGACCACUAAGAAUGUCAAGAUCCUGCCUCAUUUGCAUUACGUAAAAGAGUUGAAUGAGGAACUGGAUGGAAAACCCUGGUACUAUGGCAUCAGAAGAUUGAUAGAAGCACAAGAAUAUCCUGAAAAUGCCACAAGCAAGCACAAAUGGACUUUGAGGAGGAUGGUCAAUCAUUUCUUCCUUAACGGAGAAAUCCUAUAUAGGAGAACUUCGAAUUUAGGAUUGCUAAGGUGUGUCCACGCCGCAGAAGUGACAAGGCUUUUGGAACAAAUACAUGCAGGGACAUGUGGACGCCACAUGAAUGGGUUCACUCUAGCAAAGAAAAUUCUAAGAGCUGGAUAUUUUUGGAUGACCACGAAGAGAGAUAGCAUCCGGUAUGUGCAAAACUGUCAUCAAUUUCAAGGCAUGGAUGUUAUUGGACCCAUAGAGCCUCCCGCAUCAAAUGGACAUCGUUUCAUUCUGGUGGCUAUCAAUUAUUUCAAAAAAUGGGUCGAAGCUUCGACAUACAAGGUAGUGACUAAGAAGGUAGUUGCAGACUUUGUUCACAACAAUAUAGUUCGUCGGUUUGGAAUUCCAGAAUCAAUUAUAACAGAUAAUGCAGCCAACCUCAACAACGAUCUUAUGAGGGGAACUUGUGAAAGGUUCAAGAUUGUUCAUCGAAAUUCCACAGUUUACCAGCCACUGAUGAAUGGAGCAGUUGAGGUUGCAAAUAAGAAUAUCAAGAAGAUUUUAAGGAAAAUAGUGGAUAAUCACAGGCAAUGGCAUGAGAAGCUAACAUAUGAUUUACUCGGUUAUCGCACCACAAUCAGAACAUCAACUAGGGCAACUCCUUAUAUGUUGGUUUAUUGUUCGGAGGCAGUAAUACCUGCCGAGAUGGAAAUACCAUCUUUAAGGAUUAUCCAAGAGGUUGGUCUGGACGAUGCAGAAUGGAUACGUAGAAGGCAUGAACAAUUGAUGCUCAUCGAUGAAAAGAGGAUGGACGCGGUUUGUCAUGGACAACUCUAUCAAAACAGAAUGACCAAAGCAUUCAACAAGAAAGUCAAACCCCGACAGUUCACACUUGGGCAGUUAGUAUUGAAGAAUAUCUUUCCUCACCAAGGAGAAGCUAAAGGGAAAUUUGCACCAAAUUAG